UCGUGGUGCGCACAACAUGACAGAAGCCACGCUGCUACCCUGUGACUAGCAUUGUAAAUCUGAAGUUUUUGUAGUUUUCUAACGUUAUAUUAUAAUUGCUAAAUAUGUUAACGUCGGUGGCCUGUUUGUGUGCGCGAAACGGGAGGAAAGUCUCCGUCCCUGUCGCUAAAUUGUCCCUCGUUUCAAGGGUUCAGAGCUCGACCAGGACCCUGAGUCUGACAGGGGGACAACAUGGGCCACUCGUCCUCACACCGACUCCCUUGCAGCUGCUUUCCUCCAGAUGUGUGUCCCUAUCAGCUGCCUCCCAUGCGGGUGCAGACUCAACAGAGAGAGACCCACCAGACCGGGAGAACUUCGGUUCCUUCUCCACCGACAUCUCCUCCAGGAGGACGUUCAGGAAAAUCAGCCCUUACAUCCAGGACCUGCAGCACCGAGACGGGGAUGAAGACCCGGGUGAACCUCGCAGGAGGCCCGGGAGGAGAAACACACCGUACUGGUACUUCUUACAGUGCAAGAAGCUGAUCAAGGAGAACAAGCUGCAGGAGGCUUUGGACGUGUUCAGCAGAGACAUGCUGCAGGGAGAGAGGCUGCAGCCGGAGGAGUUCAACUUCUCUGUGCUGAUAGGAGGCUGUGGUCGAGCUGGACAGCUGAAGAAGGCCUUCAGACUCUACAAUGAUAUGAAGAAGCGAGGUCUGGAUGCCACAGAUGCCACCUACACCGCGCUGUUCAACGCCUGCGCUGAGUCCCGAUCCAAACAGGACGGUCUCCAGCAUGCGUUGAAGUUGGAGCAAGAACUCCGACGCAAAAACUACCCACUCAGCACCAUCACGUACCACGCCCUCCUCAAGACGCACGCCAUCACCAACCACCUUCAGGCCUGCAUUCACACGCUCAGGGAGAUGCUGCAGAACGGCCAUGCUGUUACUCAGGAGACGUUUCACUACCUGCUGAUGGGCUGUUUGAAGGACAAACAAACUGGAUUCAGACUCGCUUUACAGGUUUGGCGCCAGAUGCUGGAGUCCGGGAUUCUCCCAGACUCAAAGAACUAUAACCUGCUCUUGAGAACUGCUAGGGAUUGUGGGAUUGGUGAUCCUGCCUUAGCCAAUGGCGUGCUGCUGAGGGCCGACCGGACGUACGAGAGGGUCGGUGUGUCCAACGUAAAGUCAGAGUCUGGACGCAAAGAAGUGAUAGACAUUGACUUCCUGGAGAGGCAGUUGUUUUUCCAACCUGAGCCUCACAAUGGCAGUCAGCAGGACAGCAGAGGCAGUGAGGAGAAGGCCCUCAGCAAAGACUCCACCCAUUUGGUUCCAGUCAGACAAAGAGAACCCGCCUCACUGUAUGUAGACGUAGCCAGUGAUUCUACAGCCCCCAACCUACUGGACCUUUUUGUGGGUAAGAGGGGGGGCGUGGUCUCCCUCGGCACCGUGGACGGAGCAUCAGAUAGGCUCGCCCUCAUCGGUGGAGCUCAAGGAUUCCUGGAGAAGAUGGCGGCUAACGGAUUCAGUCCGGACCUCAGAACUGUGACCCUGCUGGCCGACACGAUGCAGCCGGGACACCAGUCUCUGCAGACGCUGCUGAAGGUCGCCAAGCAGCACAGAGUGAGGCUGGACGUGGCGUUCUUCAACACUGUGAUCCGCAGAGCAGCCAGAGCUGGUGACCUGGAGGAGGCAAAGUCCGUGUUGAGUGUGAUGCGACAGCGAAACGUUAGCGUGGAUGUGCAGACGUUUGGAAGUCUGGCGUUAGGCUGUGAGCAACAACAGGACGGGCUGCAGCUGCUGAAAGACAUGGAGGAGGCGGGACUUAGGCCUAACGUCCAGGUGUUCUCUGCCCUGAUUGGCCGAGCAACUCGAAGACUGGAUUUUGUUUACCUUAAAACAAUGCUCAAAAGCAUGACCAGCAUGGGGGUGUGGCCUAAUGAGGUCAUCAUCAGACAGCUGGAGUUUGCCUCUCAGUAUCCUCCCAACUAUAACCGGUACAAGUCCAGAAACAACUACCUGGUCCAAAUCGAUGGUUUCCGUGGUUUCUACCAGCAGUGGCUGAGAGCAAUGCCUGCUCAGAGCGCUGAGGACGAUCAGGCAGAUCUGGAGUCUGAGACGGACUCUGAAGUGAUGAAAACAGAAGAUGAUGGACUAACAGAGGCCCAAAGGAACCAGAAAGCCGCAGCAAGGAGAUAUAAGCCUCGUAACAAGGACAAGAAGAGCAGCGCUGCUCUUUAACAGCACUGUUUGCAUUCAGAUAUGUAACCCUGGAUGGACUUCAGGGUUGGAGCCCAGUGCGGAUGCAUUUUUCUCAAAAGAUUGUUGUUAUUGUAAAUUAUAUUGCAAUCAAAGUAAAAUUCAAUUU